AUGGCGAUGGUGAGCCGCAGGCGAAGCGGGCCUGUCGCGAAGCUUAACCCCAAGCCAAAGACACACGCGUCACCGACACGACCCUCUCCUCCCAACCUCACUCUGCGGGGAACGCACCACCGCAACACGCCACGCAGGAGCCAGUCCGUCGCAUCGGCCACACCACGGCCCCUUGCCAUGGCCCUCCCCCCCAGCCGCCAGCGCCGCGCCUUUGCUCCGCCCUCGCCGUCCUACCCAACACCCACCGCGCACCCGCCGUCACAACCACGCUCGCCCGCGCUCCUUUCCGACCUCCCCUCCCGCUGGCGCCGCGCCCGCACCGCCGCCGCCACCCCCCUCGCCCAACGCCUCGCCAUGCGCGCCCUCGAAGUCGCCCUCCUCUCGCUCGCCCUCUUCCUCGUGCCUGCCUGCAUCCAGCACUUCGUGCGAGCGCUGGACACUACAUACGAGGUCGUCGGGCGGCGCGCGCGCACGUCGCUGGACGAGGUGGGUUGGUGGAGGGUGGGCGUCGGGACAGGCCUGCUGGCGGCGUGGCAUGCGGUGCUGGUUGCGCUGAGCCUGAGAGUGAUCGCUGGGGGUGGGGAGAGGGGGAGACGGGGCAAGUGGAGUCGCGUGCUGGGGCGCGUCGUGGUGCCGGGGUAUCUUGUCGUCGCGCUCGUGGGGUUUGCAUAUGCGCUCGCAACGCGCAUGGCGUCUCCUCUCGUUGUUCCGGGGCAGGCAUACGGCCACGCCUCCACGCCUCACGGAUGA